AUGACUUACACAAUAGAAUCAAAGACCAGAUUAGUUUCCACCCUCCGGCUCCUCAUUCCCCGUCUCCGACUCCUUCAAAAGAAAGACACAGCCUCCUCCGUUGUCCAGCGCCGCGAACUCUCCCAGCUCCUCAGUGAAGGCCGCGAUGCAUCAGCGCGCAUCCGAGUCGAAAAUGUCAUUGCGACCGAUAUCGCAGUGGAAGUGAUGGAGAUGGUUGAACUCUACUGCGAAUUACUACUGGCGCGCGCAAAUGUGUUGGAUCAGAUGGCGUUCAGCGACCAGGGGACUCGCGCCCGACUUCGCGCGAAGGAAGUACUCAAGAAACGCACCCAAACACAAGCUGGUGCCACGGGGUCAACCGCUACAGGCGUUAAGGGCGCCGGGGAAAGUACUGGCUCGCGAUUUGGGUUCUCUUGGUUGGGAGGACAAAAGAAGGAGGCCGAGCGGGCGGGCACACACAUUCCGGGAUCUGGCGGCGCGACGGACGACUCUGGCGACGGGAUUACCGACGAGGAUAAUCCAUACAUGGAUACUGCUAUUGACGAGGCUGCUGUUGUGGUAUUUUACGCGUGGCACCGCUUUCCACAUGAAGUGCGCGAAUUUACUAUGCUUCGCACUAUGCUCGGCGAACGGUACGGGAAGGAGUUCAUGACUCUAGCGCAAGAUAACAAAGUCGAUACUGUCCAGGUCCCCGAUCGACUUCUUAAGGGGUUGCGUGUGCGCCCGCCGGGGCAGGAUCUUGUUGAGAGUUAUCUUCGAGAGAUUGCGAAAGCAUACGGAGUUGAAUGGCAUGGAGUCGAAGAAGAGCUAAACAUUGAGGAAGAGCUGGGUAGCGCGCCACCAGAGUUUGUAGAUGAUCGUGGUGACGGUGAUGAUGGAGACGCACAAGAACCCCAAUUACCACAAACUCCCGGCAAGCAAUACUCCGAAGCAAGACGUGCCUCAGAGACAAGUGAAUUGAACAAAGCGACACCUCCACGUGGACUCGCCGCGGGCCGAAGCCCUGUCAGUGUUGCUCCGCCAGCUCCCAGAACGGAUAAUCCUAACCCUAAAGUCAAGCUCCCUGGAACCGAAGGGAAAGCUGCUGCUGUUUCGAAAGAACAGGGUGUAUCCAAGAGCAAGAGUAACGGCAUACCGGAGCUGGAUGAACUGACUCGGAGAUUCGCGGAUUUGAAGAGGAGGCCAUGA